AUGGACCAUCAGACACUCCUGAGUCUCCUCAGGAAGCCCCAGGGGAUCCCGUGUACAAACACGAGCAGGUUUGAAAGCCUCUUGGAAAGGGAAAAGGUGGGAGGAAGCGGAACCAAUGCCCUUGGCUCUGGGGUGAUCACUUCCUGCCCUCUCCUCCCUGCUGUCUGCAGCCUCUUGAUGAAUCAGAAGAAGUUCCUUUACCACUUCAAAAACGUACGCUGGGCCAAGGGGCGGCAUGAAACCUACCUGUGCUACGUGGUGAAGCGGAGGGACAGUGCUACCUCCUUCUCACUGGACUUCGGCCACCUCCGAAACAAGUCAGGCUGCCACGUGGAGCUUCUCUUCCUCCGCUACAUCUCUGACUGGGAUCUGGACCCGGGCCGCUGCUACCGGGUCACGUGGUUCACGUCCUGGAGCCCCUGCUACGACUGCGCACGCCACGUGGCCGAGUUCCUGCGCGGGAACCCCAACCUGAGCCUGCGCAUCUUUGCCGCCCGCCUCUACUUCUGCGAGGAUCGCAUGGCCGAGCCAGAGGGACUGCGGCGGCUCCACCGGGCCGGGGUGCAGAUCGCCAUCAUGACCUUCAAAGAUUACUUCUAUUGUUGGAAUACUUUUGUGGAGAACCGAGAGCGGACAUUCAAGGCCUGGGAGGGGCUGCAUGAGAAUUCAGUCCGUCUGUCCAGAAGGCUCCGGCGGAUCCUAUUGCCGCUGUAUGAAGUGGAUGACUUAAGAGAUGCCUUCCGCACCUUGGGACUCUGAGGACAGCCCCGGAAUCCCUGGGAGUCCCAGGAGGAGUCCCGAGGAACCCCCGAGGAGGCUGCAGGCAGCUGAUAGUUCUGAAGAUGAUGAGACUACCCUCCAUCACUAUCUCCUACUUACUCUUCUCUCUGUCCUCUGCCCUUCC